CUUGCAUUGAAUGAACAGCGUGCAAGCGUUACAAGUUACAAUCUCUAUAAGUUUUUGUGUUUGAAUUUUUUCCAUCAAGUUGAUUAACAAAAUAUUCAAAAAUUAUGGAACGAUGGAAUGGAAAAGUUGCUGUAAUAACAGGAGCAUCUGCGGGCAUAGGAUUAGCUACAGCUAAAGCUUUGGUGAACCAUGGUCUUAUUGUCGUUGGGCUGGCAAGAAGAAAAUCAAAAAUGGAGGAAGAAAUGUCAAAAGUCAAAGGACCUGGAAAAUUUUUUGCAAAAGAAUGUGACAUUACGCGCGAGCAAGAUAUUGCUGCAGCGUUUGCUUGGAUAAAAGAUAAUUUAGGAACUGUAAAUAUUUUGAUAAAUAAUUCUGGAGUUCUAAGAGAAAAAACAAUGGAAGAGGCAAGUAUGGAAGAAUUGCAGUUUGUCAUAAAUGUAAAUGUUGUUGGACUUAUAUCUUGUACCAAACAUGCAAUCAAACUCAUGAAAGCCAAUGGUCAAGAAGGGCACAUCGUAAAUAUAAACAGUAUCGCUGGACAACAAGUUCCCAAAAUAGAGGGAAAAUCUUAUAACGUGUAUUCUGCAACAAAAUUUGCAGUAAGAUCCAUUUCUGAAACAUUGACUCAUGAAUUAUUGGGUAAUAAAAUUCGAGUCUGUAACAUCAGCCCCGGAGUUGUAAAAACUGAAAUAUUUCAAGAAGCUGGAGUAGAUCCGUUCUUCCUUAAUUUAGUUCCAGCCUUAGAACCAGAAGAUAUAGCGCAAUCAAUUCUCCACGUCAUAAGUGCCCCAAUUCGAGUGCAAAUUACUGAAUUAACUAUUAAACCUUUAGGAGAAAUAUUUUAAGAGAGUUCAAGAAAAAUUGAGGAGCUCAUAUAUUUCGCCACCCAAAAUUGUUAUAAAUUUUUAAAUAUGAAAGAUAAAAUGUAAAACGAAUGAGCUACAUGUUUAGUUUGCAUUGAAAAAGUAGCAGUAUUAUGAGAUCAAUUUAAGUUUUAAGAUGUACACUUGUUAUAGUUCAGAUCACCUCUGUAGAUCUAAAAAAAGAUGUAUUACUGUAUUAAAUUUGAGUAAAAAUUGUUGAAUAUCCAUGUUAUUGAAAAAAAAAAAAA